AUGGCACGCCCUAAAAGAGGAGGUCCCAGUUUGCCGUCAGACUUGCUUGACGAGCUGUCUGGUGCCACAGGAACAAAUGAUAGACAAAACAACAGACGGACUAAAAAACGCAAGAUUGUAAGCCGCAAAGAACUGCGCAAAGAAGAACGCAAAGCCAAAAAGAUGAAACGCAGCGGGCAACCUGAGUCAAUUGUUUCUUCAGGUGGUGUCAAUGGAACUCAUCAAAAGAACGACAGUGCUUCAAAGAAGAUUCAAAAGGGUGGACCAGCCAAGAAAAAGCCAGCUCCAAAACAAGAUAGUGAUGAUGAUGUUGGUGACUUUGAUGACGAUGAAGAAGACGAGUUUGGAGGGUUUAGUGAUGAUGACGAUUUGGAUGAGGACGAUUUUGAUGAUAAUGAUGAGGAUGGCGGGUCAGUCGAAGAUACCUGGGCAGCACUCAAAAAACUUAAGGAAAAGAAAAAGGUUGCUACUGAGCCGGAAACAGCUGAGGAUACCUGGGCAGCUUUAAAAAAGCUUAAGGAGAAAAAGAACAAGAAAUCAGGGCCUGAGCCAGAAACUGCGGAAGAUACAUGGGCAGCUCUUAAGAAGCUGAAAGAAAAAAAGAACAAAAAGGCUGAGCCUGAACCCGAGCCCGAAACUGCAGAAGAUACGUGGGCAGCACUGAAAAAGCUUAAAGAAAAGAAAAAGAAAGUAGCUGAUGUGGAGCCAGAGACUGCAGAAGAUACAUGGGCAGCGCUGAAAAAACUUAAAGAAAAAAAGAAGAAGGGAUCCGACAAAAAGACAGUAGAUAUUGAGCCUGAGACUGCAGAAGAUACCUGGGCUGCACUAAAAAAGCUCAAGGAAAAGAAAACUGGAAAGACUGAUGUUACUGAGAAACAAAAAAAGAGCAAAAAGAUAACUGAAAAGCCAAAAGAGGCUGCAGCUCCACCCAAGCGUGCAGGCCGCAGUCUUGCAGAUCUUCUUAAUAAGACUACACCAGGGUCAUCAACUUCAUCUACAUCCAAGGAGCCUAAGGAGUCCAAGAUUCCGUCACAUUUGCCCAAUGAUGUACAAGAGGCAUUCCGACGAGAUGAUGAGGAUAUUGCCUUUUAUUCGAAAAUGUUGGGUAUGAAGGAUCCGUUAGGUCAAAUGCCUAAGAUGAAUGAAGACGAUGAGGAUGGUUUGGAAGAUUUGUUGGAUGGUUUGGAUCUUGAUUUUGGAGACUACGAUAGUUCUGAGGAAGAGGAAGAAGAAGAAGAAAAAGAGGAAAAGGAAAAGAAGACGAAACCGGCAAAGCGGGUAAAACAACAGGAGCCAGAAAGUGAUGAUGACGACGAAGAAAAAGAUAGUGAUGAAGAUGAAGAUGAACUUACAGGACUCCCGUUUUCCUCAGACGAUGAGCUGGAUUCAGAUGACUUUGAUUCGGAUGGAUCUGAAGACUUGGAAGGUCUAGACGAAAGCGGCAAUGAAGAUGAGGAUGAAGAAGAUGAUUUUGAGAAUGAGGUAUCAGAAUCUGAUGAAGAAGAUGAUGAAGAAGAUGAUGAAGAAGAAGAAGAAGAUACCAAGCCUAAACGCGAGAACCCAUACGUUGCUCCGACUACUGAAAAAUACAUUCCACCAUCUGUACGCAAGCGUAUGGAAGAAGCCCAGAAAGCAGCAGCAGCAGGAGGGUCGUCUUCUGGAACCACAGAUGCAUCUGGACUUUCACCUGAAGAAAUGGCGCGUCUACGGCGUCAAGUUAAAGGUCAAUUAAAUCGAUUGACUGAUACCAAUAUUGCAGGCAUUGUGAAGACACUUUCUGAUAUGUAUUUGAACCACCCUCGUCAGUAUGUUACGGAGAUUGUAACGGAAACAGUACUAAGUGCUGUGGCACUCCAAGGUGCACUUUCAGAAAAGUUUUUGGCUGUACAUGCGGCUCUCGUGGCAGCACUUUAUCGAUCUGCAGGCCUUGAGUUUGGUGCACAUUUUGUGCAAACACUUGUGGAGGAGUACGAUAAACGAGUGGGUAAGCAAACAAAAGAAGAAAAAGAAAAAGAUGAUAAUGAUGAGAGUGCAGUGUUUAAAGUGUCCAACAAGGAAGCAGCAAACUUGAUUUCAUUGUUGGCCGAACUUUAUUCAUUCAACAUUGUAUGGUGUGGAAUUGUAUACGAUUUUGUGCGCGAGUUUUUGCAACCUGUCGAUAGCAAAGGAGUAGGGUUGGACGAAGGCAAGACGGAGAUGUUGCUGCGUGUUCUGCGUGCUGCAGGUUCUCAAUUACGAUCUGAUGAUCCGCGGGCGUUACGUGACAUUGUUGUAAAGUUGAAUGAGCUUAAAGCUCGGGCUUCAGAACGUGGGCAACAAUUAAGUCCACGUACUUUAUUUAUGAUUGGGUUUAUUGAAGAUCUUAAAAAUAAUCGGCAAAAGAGAGUAGGAGAAAAUAAUACGGAAACAGCGCGUGAAACACGGAAACAAAUGCGUGAUUUUUUAAAUGCAAAUGUCAAGGCACCUAAGCGUGAGGCACUACGUGUGUCACUAGAUGAUAUUAGGAACGUGGGGACGCGUGGUAAAUGGUGGUUAGUUGGAUCAGCAUGGAGGUCCAAAAACAUGAGUGAGAUUGGGGAACAGCAGGAACAAGAAGAAGAGGAUGCGCGGAAAGCAGCAGUAGAUGGAGAAAACAGUCUUGUAGAUAAAAAAGCGUUACAGGAUUUGCUUGAUGGCGCAGCUCCAGACUGGAUGGAACUUGCACGGCAACAACGCAUGAAUACGGACAUUCGACGGGCAGUAUUUAUUGCAAUUAUGAGUAGUGGGGAUUAUGUUGAUGCGGUAGACCGGUUGCAACAAUUAAAAUUGCGGAGUAAACAGGAGCGUGAGAUUGUACGUGUUCUUUUACACUGUUGUGCAAUGGAACCAGUUUAUAAUCCUUUUUAUGCACUUGUUGCUGCAAGGUUAUGUUCCACUGAGCGUGCCAUUUCCAAAACAUUUACAUUUUGUUUGUAUGAUGAGCUUGGAGAACUUGAAGGCGAUGAUAGUGAUGAUGAACGUGAAGGAAUGGGUCGAUUAUAUGAUGAUGAUGAUGAUGAUAAAGAGAAUGGAUUAAGAGGUGGUGGUGAUAAUGAUGAAGAUGAAGAUGAUGAGAGUGCAGCAUUGAGUAGGAUUCGACAAAUGAAGCAACGUAAAAAAUUGCAACGCAAGAAAAUGCGUGAAGAAGCUGCAGUUUCUGGUCCUGAGGGACAGCAACGGUUAAGGCGGAUUGUUCAUUAUGCCAAAUUAUAUGGAACAUUAGUUGCAGUUGGUGCACAACCUUUAUCAGUUCUUAAGACUGCUAAUUUAGUUGCACCAGCUCCUGACACUGCAGUAUUUCUUAAUCUUUUUUUUGUGACUUUGUUUUUGCAAGUUGCAGCCAAUGGUGGGGUAGGUAUGCCUGGGGCAGUUGGUAAUGGUAAUGGUAAUGGUUACAACAACAACAAUAACAACAAUAAGAGGAAUAAUGGGAAUAAUGGGAAUAAUAAAAAACGUAAUUCUACGGCUAAGCUUGGGUCUGGACUUGCGGCGGCCAUGUUUGAACGGAAACUUGAUCCUGAGAGUGAGCGUGGGCUUGUUCAUUUAGUAGUUCAAACAGCUGGCAAAGGUAAAGGCAAGAAGCAACAACAGCAACAGCAACAGCAAAAGGAGUUUUCGGAUUCUGAAGAUGAACAAGGUCAUAUUCGGAAUAAAGAAGAUGCAGGGAUUACAUUAUUACGUAAAAUUAGACACUAUUUACCUAAGGUACUUGAGAGUGAUCUUUUGGAUGAUGAAUUGACUGCAGUGGCAGCUGUUGCAUCACGUAAUGCAGCCAAAAGAGCAGCAAGGGUGGAGCAGGAUAAGAGUAAAGUACAAUGGUCUAUUAAUUUGGUUGUUGAUGCUAUUGAUGAGUUAUUGGAGAGAACUGAUAAUUCUCAUGGUCGGAUGCGUUAA